AUGUCAUUGCUAUCUAAAGAUAGCUUUCAACAGAUUAAACGGAUUUUUAUGUCAGUGCCACAAGGACGAAAAUCCCAAGUGAGCGAUACACGAAUAAUUUAUUAUAGAGAUAGCGAAAGGAAUAACUCGUAUGGAAUCAAGAGAGUUCUGCCAUUGCUUUCCGAUCCUACCUUCGACUUCGAGAAACCCACCGUGUUUUAUAUCCAUGGGUUAGUCAAUUGGUGCCACCCAAACGCGUAUAUAGAAACGGCUUUCGACAGUAGCGUCGCCACUGUGGUGAACGCAUACGUUGCGCACGGUGGCUUCAACAUGCUCGUGCUUGAUUGGGGCAACUUAGCCUUCGGCGAUUAUAUUAGCGCCCUGCUUAACAUAAAACCGGUAGGCAAUGCAGCGGGCAAAGCGGUUUUUAAGCUACUAAAACGGGGUUUGGAUAUUAAAGGCUUACAUAUUGUGGGGCAUUCCAUGGGGGCCCAUGUAGCGGCUGUCGUAGCAAGAUAUCUCAAAACCAGAAGAUAUAUAGUACCUAGGAUAACGGCACUGGACGCGGCAUACCCUGGCUUCUACCCACCGUUACAAACGGUGCCCGUUAACCCAAAAGACGCGGACUUCGUAGACAUAAUCCACACAGAUGGCGGCUGGUUCGGGGCCUCCACUAGUAUUGGCCAUGUCGACUUUUGGCCAAACGGCGGAACGGCGAAUCAGCCUGGGUGUUUGCCAUUCACUUUGCCAUUGACGGUUGAAAAUUUUUGCAACCACUGGCGUUCGUGGCAGUACUGGGCAGAGUCGGUUAAUGGAGGCAACUUUAUAGCAAGAAAAUGUAAUACUUAUGAAGGUUUUCGCCAAGGGAAAUGUUUUGGAACCGCUUUUAUGGGUUUAGCUGCAACACCAGAAUUACGAGGAAAUUACUACCUAAGAACAGCAUCUCAAGAACCUUUUGCUUUAGGAGAAAGCGGGGCUACCUUAAGAAGGCGUGGGUAUACCUAA